ACCUGUUUUUUCUGCCUGUUUUCCCGCCAUUACGCCAUUAUUCGUCAUUUUGGUCUGUGAUUCCUUAUUGUAUUGUCGAUUCCUAUCUAAAAAGAAUUACUUUUUUAGGUUAAUUUAAAUUGAAUUAUUUCCAUUUUCAACUAUUGUACCAUAGUUUGUGAAAAUCAUAAAUUUUCAUAUAAAACAAAAACCAAACCUUUUUUUCCAUCAUGAAAAGAGGUGCUUUAAUAAUUAUUGAAGGCGUGGACAAGACUGGUAAAACUACACAAUGCAAGGAACUCGGUAAAUAAUGGAUAUAUUUUACAAAAGAAACUUGAAAAAUUUAAACAAUAAAAAUGUGCAUGCAGAAUACACAAACUUUCCAGCAAGGUACACUGAGAUUGGCAGAACAAUUCACAAUUAUUUAACAUUUAAGAAUAAUAUUUCCGAUGAAGCUGUCCAUCUUCUAUUCUCUGCAAAUAGAUGGGAACGAGCUCAGGAUAUUAUAAAGAUAUUAGAACAAGGGACAAGUCUUAUUAUUGACCGGUACUGUUUCUCUGGGGUUGCAUACUCCGCUGCUAAAGGUUUAGAUUUAAAUUGGUGCAAAUCACCGGAUAUUGGUUUGCCAAAACCUGACAAAGUAUUCUUUCUUACAAUGCCUCUGGAUGUAGCACAAGCUAGACAGGGCUAUGGAUCUGAAAGAUAUGAGCAGCUUGAAUUUCACACAAAAGUAGCUGAAGUAUUUUCACAAUUACAAGACGAUACUUGGGAUGUCUUAGACGCAUCCAGAUCCAUAGAAUCUAUACAAAAGGAGUUAUUUGAGAAAACGUUGAAUAUUGUUAACAAUGUUAUAGACAAGCCAUUAGGUAAGGUAUGGAGUGAAUAGGCCCAAAGGUCUAAUCUCAUAAGAACAAGUUGAUACCAAUAUAUUUUUGAUAUAUGAUAAAGCUAAUAUAUAAAGAGGAACACAAUGAAUAAUUGUGUGAAACUAUUACUAGUAGUCUGUGUAUCUACUAUGUGCAUUCAAUCAUGCUGAGGUUAUCUGAGUUUAUUUUGUACUUGUUUUUUUGUUUUAAGUUUUGCUCUGAAAUAUUUUAAUUAUAUUUCAUUUUUCAAAAUUUAACCAUUAUUUUGAUUGAAAAUGUAUUUAAAAAUACAUUAUUGAAAAAUAUAUAUCGUUAAAUAUUUUUUGAUUUAAAAAGGUGUAUAAAAUUAAAAGCAUAUAUAUAUGUAUACUGGUGUAAUUAAAUAUAAUUUACCAAAUAAAAAUAUAUAUUGAA